AUGGGGGCACUUCAAAGAAUGAUCAGGGAGAUGAUUGGGACUGAAGCCAGAAGAGGAGAAAGGCCCACCCACAGAAAGCCAUAUCCGGCUUACAUUGAUCAGAUACCUCUAUCCCCGGGUUUCAAAGUACCAAACUUCAGCUUGUUCAACGGCGAAGACCCCCAUGCUUUAUCAGUUGAGCAUAUAGGCAAAUUCUUUGUCCAGUGCAUAGCCAUAGAAAAUAAACCUCUGUUAAAACUGAGGAUUUUUGGAAAUUCUCUCUCUGGACAAGCCUUCACCUGGUAUACUAGCAUGCUAGCCAAUUUUGUUCAAACCUGGGAGCAGAUGGAAAAUGUUUUCCAUGACUACUAUUUCAGGAUCCAGCCAGAAGUCACCAUCAGUGAUCUUGCUGCCCUCAAACAGAGUGAAGAUGAGCCUGCUCAAGACUUCAUCACCAAGUUCAGAAAGCUCAAAAUAAAAUGCCGAAUCCCUAUGGAAGAAAGACACUUCAUUCAGAUGGUUCAAACCGCACUUAAAAUCUCUCUGAGGAAGAGAUUUGAUGGGAUACUGUUUGGAGACCUGGCAGAACUGGCAGACAAGACGUCCAAAUACCAGGAGCUACUCAAGGAAGAACAACAGAAGAGGAACUAUUCCAAAGGCACAUACUACAAAACCCCUUCUUCUUCAGUACAUCUGGUUGAGGUAGAAUCAGAAGAAGACAUAGAAGGCUCGGAAGAAAGAGAAAUUGUAGUAGCAGAAAUGGCGAAGUUGAAACAUCCCAUCAGCUGCAAGGCUUUGACAAAGCCACCAAAGGACUAG